UUCAGUGGUGACAUCUCUCGGAAGGGUCAAGCAACUCGGGAUUGUGUGAAUGUGUAAGUGCCACGGAGGGGAUGCCUCCAAAGUCCCCGGUGUCUUCAGUCUUGAUUGAGUGGCACCGCAAGAGACGAUCCGCUGGUCUCAAAGGGUGUCCGUUGGAGCAAAAUGAAAGUGCAGAUGGUGAGAGCAACUUUGCCGGCUUUGCAGGGACGCCGUCGCCACAAAGAUCGCCAGAUGAGGUGCUGGAGAAGUCUCCACAGCCCGUGGUGGAAGUGGCCAUGGCCGCCUUUCCAUGCAGCCCAGUGGUUUGCCCAUCUCCUGCUGAAUUUGAUCGAGAGGACCUUGUCAGGAAAAACAUCCGCCAGAUUGACAGUGAGUACGAGUUCAAGGAGAUCAUUGGCGAGGGAUCCUUUGGCAAAGUUCACAAGGCCCAACAUCGACGCACAGGAAUUCUUCGUGCUGUGAAAGAGAUCCCUCACACUGGGACAGCAGACGAGGAUUUUGAGCUUGAGCUUAAGGCCUUGCAGGCAUUGGACCAUCCCCACAUCGUUGAGGUGAUCGAAUACUUUGACGAUAUAUCUAGCUUUUUCCUGGUGAUGGAACUUUGCACAGGUCCAGACAUCUUCACUUAUGUCCUGGAUCAGAUGGACUCGCCGGAAGGCGAUGGAUUCGUCCCAGAGUCUGAGAUAUCAGUCCUACUGAGGCAGUGUUUGAAGUCAGUGCUUUGUUGUCAUGCUCACGGAUUUGUACACCGAGACCUGAAUGCCAAGAACUUUAUGAUCACAGGUGAUGACAGGACGGUGAAGCUGAUUGAUUUUGGACUGGCCACUCGCUUCUAUGGAUACCUCCCCCAGGACCAGUACAUCGAGAUUGCAGGCACAUCUCACUACAUGGCGCCGGAAAUGAUGAUCAGUGGCAAGUACAGUCCGGCUGUUGACAUGUGGUCUCUCGGUGUUCUUCUCUACGUGUGCUUAACUGGGCUCAUGCUGCUGCCGAAGGACGACGACCGGAAAAAGCAUUUGCUUGGCAAGAAGGCAUACGUCGAGAAAAAGCUGGAAAAAUGCACACAGCUGCAAAAGCGGGCUUGCUCUGCACAGGCAAGGGACCUUUUGAGGAUGAUGCUAAAAUACGACCCAGCUGAACGCAUUUCUGCGUCAGAAGCUUUGUCUCAUCCAUUCAUAUUGAAACAUUGCCACGAAUACCUUGGCGGUGCAGUGGCAGCCACCACGCAAUUGGAUGAGACCGUCAUUGACAAGCUGAGGAGUUUUGCGAAGGCACCGAGGUUGAAGAAGGUGGCCCAGCUGUUCAUGGCACAUUUGGCAGAGCAUGAUGCUGAACUACUGGCGGCGCGCCACAACUUUCGGACGCUGGAUCAAAGCGGCGAUGGUGAGAUCACGCGUGAAGAGCUUGAGGCGGGUCUUCUGGCUGCCGGCAUAGACCCACCCACAGACAUGGCAGAGAUAUUUGAUGGCUGCUGCGCGCACCCAGCGGGCAAGCUCCACUUCGUAGAGUUCUUGGCCUGCACCAUGCCUGAGAGCCUCAUAGAUGAAAGGUUAUGUCAUGAGGCCUUCAGCCUCCUUGACCCGGAGUCCAAAGGUCGAUUGGCUGCCGAAGACCUGCAAGCAGUUUGCCGCUUUGAUUGGGAGAGGUGCCGGAAAAUGGUCCAACAAGCCAAAUCUGUGGAUGAUGGUACAAAUUACUUUGAUUUUGAUGACUUUUAUGCACUCUUCUGCAGUGUACAGGAAGAUGUGGAAGAGCGGCCAGCCAAAAUUGCGCGGGUUGACACAGGUUCAGGUGGGAGUUACUGUAGCUUGCUGAACUCAAUCAGCAACAUGACAGGUGCUGACAUGGCAACAUUCACAGGCAUUCCUGCAUCAACCUAGCUAUUUCACAUUGCACCAAAACGGCGCAUAUUGUACAUAUAUGUGAACUUGAAAAUAGAUCGUGAUUUGGGCCAUAAUUUCGACGAAAAGAA